CUUUUUCUUUAUUCCUAGUAAUGAUCGAAGGAAGAAAGAGUUGUUGUUACAUGCAAAUCCAUUAGCGAGUUUUAUUUAAUUUCCUGCAUUUGAAGGUGGUGAACUCUGCAUUUUACAGUUUGUGGUAAUUGGAGGGAAUCAAAAUGAGCUCUGAUAACAGCAAACUUGCUCCUUCCACCCCGUUGUUCGACGAGCAGAAACUGGUAGCUCGGCAGCAGCAUGAGCCAAAGUCACGGCGCAGAUCGCAGAAAUUCCAACAGAUUCAGGACAGCUCAAUGAGUGCAAAACCAUUUCAUGAGGAGAAUCCAAAAUUAUUGGAGGACUUGGAUAAGGUGACGAGCAAGUCUCGUCCAAGUACGAGUGUGCUUCAGUCACCAGAGCAACAAAAAACUACGGUCAUAAUAAAACGUGAAUGUUCAGUUCCACCGAUGAUUCCAGAACAUUCUUUGAGGAAGGACAAACAGCCGCUCAUCCAAGACUCGUUUCCCCCUACUUUUCCUCAAAUGAACUUAGCAUCUCAGCCUCCAAAAGCAUUGAUGUGGCUUUUACAGCAGCAAAUGCAACUAGAGAGGACAGCUCAUGAGAAACGUUCAGAAAUUGCGGCUGAUGGAAGAUCAGUAUAUAAGCCAGGAAUGUGUGCUCAACGUUUGAAACAAUACAUGUACCUUCAGAAUCAAAGACCAAGAGACAAUGAUAUCGAGUUUUGGAGGAAUUUAGUUGCAGAAUUUUUUGCUCCCAAUGCCAAGAUAAGAACGUGCUUUUCAUUGAAUAAAAAUAGGCAACGGAUAAGUUGUCUUUUCCCUCAGGAGGCAUGGUACUGUGAGAUCUGCAAAGUGAGGCCUACUGCUGGUUUUGAGCUCAGUGCAGAAGUUCAACCUAGGGUAUGCAAAAUUAAGUAUGAUACAGGUAUACUGGACGAGCUUCUUUAUGUUGAUAUUCCUGAAGAGUAUUAUACGCCGUCUGGUCACAUUGUUUUGAACUACACAAAAGUAAUAGAAGAAAGUGUAUAUGAGGCAGCACGAGUGGUCCGUGAAGGCCGGCUCAAGAUUGUGUUUUCUUCAGAUCUAAAGGUUUGUAUCUGGGAAUUCUGCUGUUCAUCUCACGAGGUGCUUAUUAAUCGAAGAUCAGUUACUCCCCAGGUUCAUCAACUCAGGGAAGCAAUCCAGAAAUACCAAGCUUUUGUUAAGAGUUGCUCAGGGAUUGCUUCAGAAGAAUUUAAAAGAAACUCCAACAAGUUUACUUUAUCAAUAAGACAAUUAGCAAGAGUUUUGGACAAGUCUUUGAUCAAUGACCUUGGUUAUACCAAGCGCUAUGUCCGUUGCCUCCAGACAGCAGAAAUAGUCAACAACAUGAAAGAUCUAAUGGACUACAGCAAGAAAUAUGGGAUCGGACCUGCAGAAGCUAUGGCCAGGUUAUUUCGUCAAUCUCUUGCAUCAUGUGUGACACAUAAUAAUUCAGGUGUAAAAGAAGAACCUCAACAACAUCCAGUGCAAGAGCAAUCAUACUUAUAUGACGACGCAAAAGAUGAGGACUCUUCUGUAAUAAGUUAUACUCCUUUGUCAUCUAAUGAAGAAACAGAAAGUUCGAGUUUAUCCCAUCGUGCUACAUCGCCAACUGCCUCUACUGCUUCAUCCAAAAGGCCGGUUCACUUAGUCGACAUUGUCGAACCUAAAAGAAAGAAACAAAUGACAAAUUCAGGGGAGACAUCUCUUCUGCUUGGUUCGACCGAGCCUGUGAUGUAUCAGCCAAUCACCACAACUCCUCCUUUUUCUUCCAUUAGGUCAUUUCUAGUUCAACCAUCUUCUACUGAUAGAGUCAUCAUCUCAAAUGCUGCGUCAGCUGAUAGAGUGAAGGUUAAAGAAGAUGUUGUCACUUCUCAAAACAUAGCUGCUGCUGCUGCUGAAGAUGCGAUUGAUGAUAACGACGUUCUGAAACAGAAGGAGAAGAAGGCUGAUGAUAAAGGUAAGUACUGCUAUGGUUUUGAAACUGAUGGAAUGGUUGAGAAAAGCUAUUACAUGGAUCAGUUAGAAUCAGACAACUUGAAUGGUGUAAGUCUUUUCUCUGGAAUUCACAUUGGAUCUCAUUUGAACGGCACGUUAAUGGUGAAUGAUACUCAUAGCAACAACCAGCAAUCCAAUGAAAAAUUGCUUUAUUGGAACGGAGAAAUGGACCCUAUCGAUGAUAUUCAGUUCGACUGAAAUAUUAUUUCAAGAUAACAUGAUUUCAUGGUGUUUUUCUGAUCAGUAGCAGUUGCAUGUUUAGAUACUUUAAUCAAGCAAGUUUCCUUUUUUCCUAUAAAUUUUACUGGUUUUGUAUUAAAAGGAGAUCUUUUUUCUUCCCUUGUUUCUAUACUAUAACUGCUUGUGCUUGAAACAGACAGUGCAAAUAGGAACUUUU